GCCAGCACCGCGGGGCACUUAACGCAGCAUGCCAGGACUUCUUAACGCCAUGCUAACCAGCUAGCUUGCAGCUAACGAGGUUGCUAACCGCAGAAGCUAACGGUCCCGUCGGAAAACAUCAUCUGAAUUGCAGCAUGUCUAAAAGAGCACUGAGGAGACCUUUAGUGUUUAAUGUCGGCUCCUUUACACAUGCUAAACACGCUAAACGUGGUGUGCAUGCUAGUGCCCAACAGCGAAGUUAGCGUUGUGUUGUUGCUAACGUCGUCAGAUACCUUGAGCAAAACAACAGUAAGGGGAAGUUUCGACGAGGAAACUUUAACGGAAAUAACACUCGGGCAAUCCGUGAUGGACUCCAGGUCUCGCAGACUUCCUUUUUGUCUGCCCAGCUCGAGGUCGUCCUACACAUCCAGUUCAGCGGUCUCCUCCUCGUCUCUGGGCUCCAGCAGGUUGUACAGUAGGGAGACAUCGCUGAAUAAUGACCACUUCCCGAGGGCAUCGUCAGCUUACAAGGCAGAUUUGGAACAACAGAAUUCUCGUCUCCUGAGGUCAUCCAGAGACUACUGCAGCUCUGACAGUCACUCCACCAGCUGGAAGUUGCCCUCUUCUCUGACAUCCUCCAGCAGAUCUUAUGACCGCCCGUGGGCUGAAUCCUCUCUCAGCAGCAGGAGCAAACUGACUGAUUCUGAGGGGAGGUUGGGGAUGCGCUCAGUUCUGUUGAACGCCACUGAUGAUGGCGAUUCUAAAAGGGCCAAACUGUCAUACAGCAACAGAGGACUGUACUCAAGAACGCCCAGCACCUCAGUUACAGGAUCCACCUAUUCCAGUAAUGGGCUUAGCAGUGGCAGAGGUACAGGUGAAAAACAAAAUGACACAUAUGAUUCAUCGUGGAGCUCGCGCCAUUUACUCUCACGGUCGUCAUCCUCCUCCACAAAGCCGCUGUCAACCAGGAGAGAGCUGGAGACGAAAACUGAGCCAAGUCUCUCAGGUUUGGGGGAAGGAAGGAUGAGGACUCCUGGACUGGGCUCCUCAUUGUAUCAGACAGACAGGGUGACCUCCACAUAUGCACAGGGAGCUCGGCCUAAAGAGACUGCCUACUCUCCCUCCUUCUCCUCCUCCUCCUCCUCUUACGCCUCCACUGCCAGAGAAAGCUCCCUAAACCGCCACCUCUCAUCUUCCGCCUCCCACCGGUCUCCUCCUUUGGCGCGUGACUUCAGCACCAGAACGGCGUCACGUUUCUCGAACGGCUCAUCCAGCCUCCACUCAUCUCAGGAACAAUCCAGAAACCCUGAAUCAUCCUCAAAUAUCAGCUCCUCUUACUCCUCCCGCACUCCCUGGUCUACAACUCCUCAGGCCGUAUCAGAGUCCAUGCUCCCUACCAGGCUGAUCCCUGAAGGUGGUGAGCCAGAAGGCCGUCGCUCCACUCGCCACUUCCUGUCCCGUCUCUUUUCGCGGCGCUCCAGCCAGGACUCCUCCAGUGGAUCUUCCAGUGUUCGCUCCCUUGACGAUGACAGUCCGUCGACUGGUGGAGAGUCUGUGGACAGUGACGAGUGUGCCAGAAUGCCGAGCGUGGAGCCCGGCACUGGAGGGUCCGAGGCAACCUUGGGUAGCCUGAGGAAUCGUAGAGUGGACCUCGCCCCUAUCAGGGAAAACAACAGUGAUGGCUACUGUAGUGGCCCGGCUCAGUCCAGACCAUCAUUGUGGAGAGAGCCUGGCGUUGGCAGCACUAAUAACACAAGCACUGCCGGUGGAAGCAGCUCCUCCUGGCUCUCCUCCUCCCUCCGUGGCCGCUGCCCUCCCCUCCUCUCUCGCCUUAGAAGACACGUGAGAGACGAGAGCACACACUCGGCCGCAAGCUUAGAAGAAGGCUACAGUCGCCCGCAGCAUUUCCUGAGAAGGUGGGACAACCUAGAGCGUACAGCUUCACAGGACGAUGAUGAUGAUGAUGAUGAUGAGGAGGAGGACGAAGAGGAUGAGGACGAGGAGGAGAAAGAGGAGGGCGCAGUGGGUGUAGAGGCCUUUGGUGCAGGUCAUCCCUGCAGACUCGAGGACGAAGCAUUACCUGAACUGGAAGAUGCCUCGGUUGGGUUUUCGCCGCGCCGCAGAGUUGGAGUGUAUGAAAACAUCUCAGUUUCUCGGCGUCCACUGAGCGCUGUCGAGAGCCAGCUGGAUGAACAGAAGGAGAAGCCUGUCUCCAGCAGGGAUCAAGAGAAGCUGCGCAAGAUCAAGGAGAGACUGCUGCUGGAGGAUUCUGACGAGGAAGAAGGCGACCUGUGCAGAAUCUGCCAGAUGGGGGAGGAAUCUGCAUCCAACCCCCUGAUUCAGCCGUGCCGCUGUACAGGCAGUCUGCAGUACGUCCACCAGGACUGCAUCAAGAGGUGGCUUCGCUCCAAAAUCGGCUCAGGCACAAAUCUCGAGGGCAUCACAACGUGUGAACUCUGCAAAGAGAAGCUGCGUUUGAACAUUGAUAACUUUGACAUUCAGGAGUUGUACAGGACACACGUGCAGUCAGAAUAUGACGAGUUCAUCAGCAGUGGUCUCUAUCUGGUGGUGCUGCUGCAUUUCUGUGAGCAGAGGUUCUCGGAUGUUCUGGGAGCGGUCGAUGCAGCUGGGUUAUUCAACCUGGUGAGAAUCCUUCACGAACACAUGGACAAUCUUGAAAUUCCCCACGGCGAAAGUGACGAGGAGAUUCGCGACAACAGACCAUCGAUUGAGUUUUCCGACCUGGAUGACGAUCUGGAGGAGUACUGAUCAUGUGAAAGUGGCGGGCCGAGGGUUAAACGAAGAAGUGGGUCAGAGUUGCAGGGCUACUCCAUGCCAUAUGGUAGCUCACCCAGUUUUAGCACACGCUUAAACAUUAUAUCCAUCUAAAAUGCAACGGCAGUGAGAAACGCCGAGUGCACAGAACGCGUCUCGCCUUUGUCGCAGGUGGCUUUUGAAGUUAUGCAAACUUGAAGUGAGCUAGUGCGUAAACUGUUUUGGUUGACACCACCGUAUUUCUGUUUCUGAGAGUGCACUUUAUUCAAAUAUAAUAAAAAUGAAAAUGCAAGUCUUUUUAACUGUUAUACCACAAGUGCUUUAAAACGAAAUGGCAGAAAUUGAAAAAGCAUAGAAGGGAAACAGUGACUGAUGUGUUGAUUUGUACUUAAGUUGUGAAGGUAAGGACGGCACUUUCCAGAGAGGAUGUAAAAAGUGGUGGUUAUUCCUUUUUGUUGUCGGUUUUUGUGUUUAAAAAAAAAAAAGAUCUUACCCCAUUGUUGAUUUUCUUCCUCUUAGUUUUCAGUGUUUGUUUUAUGUAUGUACAAAUCUGGUUUCAUGCUUUUUGUUUUGGGAAUAAAGAUUGAAUAUGCUAACUGUC